AUGGCUCCAGUCAUCCCGUUACUGACAAUGGCCCUGUCCAUGGGCGCCUCCAGAAGGGCCUUCUCUCCUUGCACAGUCUGCUCAUGGAGACGGCACCUGAGCACCUCCAGACCUUACCUGGCCGACAAGCCCCCGAUCCCGGCACCUGGCGCUGCCCCCGUAGAGGCGCCGAAGCCCGACCUCCCCGGGUCUGCCAUUCACGCCCCGAGAGCGUACGGCAAGAAAGUCAACAACUUCACGCCGCAGCCUCUGCCGCGACCCAUUGGCAUGGCGCACCCGCCUCACCCGGAGGACAACUCCGGCGUGGAUAGGAGGUCACUGAAGGAGCGAAGGGACGACUUUGUCGACUACGACAAGCAUCUCGUGCGCCGCAAAGAGCUUAAGGAAAAGAUGGCACGCCCCUACUUCCGCGACUGGCGCAACAUGCAGUUUCACGAGGGCAAGUCCUUCAUCGCGCCUCCCUUGCCCUUCAAGGCCGACAUGUCUCUCUUCUUCCCCAACUUCGUCGGCGACACCCUCGAGAAGAAUGCCAACAAUCCGCGCGAUACGACGCGGACGCUGCUCAACAAGGUCUCCAUCGUCGCCGUCUACAGCAGCCAGUGGGCUGACGACCAGACAAAGACCUUUAUCUCACCCGAGGGGAACCCUGCGCUGCACGAGCUUCUAGCCAAGACACCGGGCAAGACGCAGGUCCUGCAGCUCAACAUCGAGGACAACAAGUUCAAGGCAUGGAUCGUCAGGAUGUUCAUGAGCAAUCUGCGCAAACAGAUCUCCGAGCAUAACUGGGGCAAGUACUUCUUGGUGCCCCGCGGUAUCACAAACGAGAUUAGCGAGUCUAUUGGAUAUCUCAACAGCAAAGUAGGCUAUGUCUACCUUGUAGACAACCUGUGCAGGAUAAGAUGGGCUGCCAGUGGUCCCAGCCACCCCGAUGAACUCGAUAGCUUGGUGAAAGGUAUGAAGCUAGUUCUCCAUGAAUGGAGUAAGAACGAGAAGGCUGCACAGGAGGCUGCAAAAGUCAAGGACGCAGCAUGUGGGAAGAAGGAAAACCCCUGA